UCCAUGUCUGCAUGUGUCCGUCCAUUUGUACAAAUAGAGUCAUCAUACCUCACAGGAUUGUUAUUCAUUAUGUGAAGUUCUUGCGUCUGGUGUUGUCAUUGGGAUUUCACACAGCCAGACCAGAGUUGUGGCAGACCAGAGUUGUGGCCCUUGACUUAGUCAGAAAGAUGCAAAUCUUGAAAACAGGAAGUCCUAGGUCUGUUGUAAUCUUAUUCUGUAUAUUAUAUAGUUCUUCAAUAUAUACUUUCUGAAAAAUUUUCAUAUAACUUUUUGUAAACAAAACUUAAGUUAUGUAAGUCUUUUAAUUUUGUGUUAAAACAGAUGUCCAAAUAGAUGUUAUGCAUAUUUACAUGACUAGAAAAGCACUACUUUCAAUACUGCACAUGAGCAUGUACAGCUACAGUCAUAAAGGGAUGUAAUCAGAAACAUAGGAUUCAAUAAAACUUUCUAAUAUGUUAAACAAUAUUCAAAACUUAGUGACAAAAUUAGAGGAAACAAUUAUCAAAAAAAGGAAUUGGCAAGAAAUAAAUGUAUUUUAUGUUCACAACAAAAACAAAAAUGUUAGCCACACCUUUAAAGUGUAUUAAUUAUGGCAUUGACAAGAUUAGUGGGCAUUAUUUAUAGAAAACAUUUUUUAUGCCCCCCGACAUCUACUGAUGGGGGAGGCAUAUAGUGAUUGCCCUGUCCGUCCAUCCGUUCGUCCGUCUGUAUGCGGUUAACCAAAUGGUACCGUUUUGUCUAGCAUCAAUACCCCUUACUAGAAUGACUUGAUACUAAUGCAGAUGUAACCUGUGACCAUUCCUCAUCUUCAGACAUCACCUGACCUCAGUUUUACCUUGACCUUGAACUCGUUUUGGACUUAGGGUGCUUUGUAUGGGCCAUCUCUUGGUUAACCAAAUGGGACCGUUUCCUCUAGCAUCAAUACCCCUUACUAGAAUGACUUGAUACUAAUGCAGAUGUAACCUGUGACCAUUCCUCAUCUUCAAACAUCACCUGACCUCAGUUUGACCUUAACCUUGACCUCGUUUUGGACUUAGGUUGCUUUGUACCGACAAGGAUGCCACCAGGGGCAUCAAGCGUUUAUUGAACGCAGCUUCUUGUUUCAUUAAAAAAACAUUGCCAGGAACUUUAUUAUUAAUGAUCAUUGACUUUUUUCCACAAAGCUAAAUCUUUUACACAAAACAGCGCCCUUAGCAUUUUAAGUGUGAUUAGAUUACAGUAAUGUUUUUAAUCAAAAUAUUUCAAGAGUCAGAUGUUAUUCAUUGAUCUGAAUUUUAAAGUUUUCAUUACCUAGUCAUUUAUUAAAGUUUCAAAUUAUUACUUUUGUUUCUUACAUUUUUUGUUGUGUAUAUAUUAAGAAAAGAAUCUCUGUCUUUUUUAUUUGUAGAUAAAUCUGUUUAUUAACAUGUUUUUCAGUGAGUUAUUGCAACAUUGGAUUGAAAUACAUGUAUACAUCUGACAUUUUCACAAUGAAAAAUAUCAAAAUUUAAUGAAUUUUUCACUUUAAAAAUCCAUAAAAAUGUGUUUAUUGUACAUGUAAGGUCAAAAUGUUUAUUGCAAGUGAAUACCAUAUCUUAAUUUUUCAAUUCUGGCUACACCAUUCAUUAAACUAAUGUUUCUGGUGUCCUUUUGGUAACAGAUAUUUUGAUCUUUCACCAAAACAAAUAUUCAUUAUUAAUGAGCCAUGCCAUGAGAAAACCAACAUGAUAUUGGGUUUUCCCAUGGCAUGGCUCAUUUAUUGUGAAAAUCUCCCAUAGAUUAAGCAUAUUCAUUUAUUGAAUAAUCUUAUUCUGUAACAAUGGUUACUAAGACCUUUUACCGCAGUAAAUUGUAUUGUUAAAUACUAAAUGGUUUUUUAGCUCGUCUGAUUUUUUGAAGAAAAAAGAUGAGUUAUUGUCAUCACCUGAUCGGCGUAGGCGUCGGCAUUGGCGUUGCCUGGUUAAGUUUUAUGUUUAGGUCAGCUUGUCUCCUAAACUACCAAAGCUAUUGCUUUAAAACUUGCAGCACUUGUUCACCAUCAAUAGCUGACUCUGUACAGCAAGAAACCUAACUACAUCCUGCUUUUUGCAAGAAUUAUGACCCCUUUUGGACUUAGAAAAUAUCAGAUUUCUUGGUUAAGUUUUACGUUUAGGUCAACUUUUCUCCUUAACGGUCAAAGCUAUUGAUUUAAAACUUGGAGCAGUUAUGUGCCAUUUAAAGCUGACUCUGCACAGCAAGUACCGUAACAAUACAUUGCUUUUUGCAAGAAUUUUGGCCCCUUUUGGACUUAGAAAAUCAUGGGUAGGACAAUAUUUCAAUUAUACAGAGACAAAAAAAAAUCAGAUGAGCGUCUGCACCCGCAAGGCGGUGCUCUUGUUUUUUCUUCUGUAAAUUUUUGUGAAAAUUAUAGUUUAUGCCAACAUAGAGGUGCCAUUUCCUAUGUAAUAUUCAUAUUUGUAAUAUUCGAUAAUCGCAAUUAUGAUGGAGGCUCUCAAAGACUUUUAAGAUUAUCAUAUUAUUGUACCAGUUGUGUGCCUCAUGAAUCAAAUAGAGUUGGGACAUUAAAAUAUGUGUCUAAGGUAGCAGUCACAAAAUACUGGUAUCUGAUUGGUUGAUUCUGAUCUCAGUCCCUGAAUUAACCACUGGGAAGACUGCAGUCUGAGACUGGUAUAUAAAACACUGUUUUUUAAAUGUAUGCCACUGAAAUUAUAUUGAAAGGAAAUUAGAAAAAAACAAUAUGUGUUUCAAGCAGUGAAAAUUCUCAUUAUGGUAAGAAUGUUGAUUUUAAGUUGUUGUUGUUUCUGUUGUUUUUUUUUUUUCAUUUUGCAUGCAAUCAACUAAUGUAGUAAUUUAUGCAUGUGUGUUGCAAGCUCCAAUGUAGAAAAAUCAUUUGACUUUUUUUAACCCUUAUCAUGUUGGACAUGGUUGAUUCUGCCUUUGCGAUCAUUGCAGAUCAUGAUCAGCCUGCACGUUUGUGCAGUCUGAUCAUGAUCUGCACUGUUCGCCAUUCAGUCAAUCUUUUGGGUAUGCACCCCUUUUAACAGUUAAUGGUACUGUCCAAAUUGAAAGAUAGACAAGUUUAUUAUAGAAAUUUAGCAGGGUAAGGGUUAAAAGUGGAAAGCUUUUCAGUAUUUCAGAUAACUUUGGCUGAUGUAGACAUGCCAUCAUUUGAAGGUAUCAUGGAUGUUAUGUCAUUUUAAAUGAGCUUAUGAAAAGUUUUGUAUGAUGUAAUGAUGAAUAUGCUUUUGACUGUUUAUACUCAUGUAAAAAGUAGGACCACAAACUAUUUUAAUCAGAUUUUUUUGUAUUAUUUGAGAAAUUUAUUAUUUUGAUUUUAAUUUUUUAGCUCCACCAUUCGGAGAAUGGGGGUGCUAUUCUACUUGCGUGGGCGUCAGCAUGUCACUUUCUUGGUUAAAGUUUUUUGGCAACCUUUGUUUUUCUGUCAUAUCUUUGUUACUAUUGCUUAUAUCUUUCUGUAACUUCACAUAAACAUUGUCCAGCAUACAAACAAAGUAUGUGCAGGGGCUGGGCCCAUUAUACCCAAGGUCAAGGUCACCAAGUUGUUAUACUUGGAAUUAUUUUCGAAAGCUUCAUUUAUAGACAUAUCUUUGGUACUUUAAAAGAUAAUGACUUGAAAUUAAAAACAUUUCUUUAUAAUCAUCAUUUGCAUGUGUGGUUACAAUACCCAUAACUCUAAUUGUAUUUUUGACAGAAUUAUGCCUCUUUCAUUAUAUGACUUAAAGUUUUUUGGCAAUUUUCGCUUUCUGGAUAUGACUUUAGUACAGUAUAAGAUAAUGACUUGAAACUUAAAAUGUAUCUUUAUCAUCAUCAUCUGCAUGUGUGGUAACAAUCCCCAUAACUCUGAUUUGUAUUUUUGACCAAAUUAUGCCCCUUUCAUACUUAAUUUUUUUUUUUUUAUGAGACAUUAAUUCAUUUUACAGUACUGUCAAAUCGCCGAAUAGUGGAGCACGCUGUCUUACGGACAGCUCUUGUUUGUUAUUAUUGUCAGUUUUUUUCUGUGUUAUAAAAUAUAAUUAACAGUAUUUUUAAGUUUUUUGUGAUAUUUGUAAUUUGCAAUAUUUAUUUAAGGAUUCAAAGGGGCAAAACUCCAGAUGUAUGUUAAUUAUUUUGACUAAUCUAAUUUCUGCAAUAACAAAAAUCAAAAGAAAAAGCAGUUUUAGCUAAUAUCUACUUAUAAAAACACAAGUGUAAUCAUAAUGUAUCUAGAAAAGCUCUUUACAGUGUGAGUCACACAGUAAAAAUGUGCUGGUUUACAAUGUUAACUUACAUGACAUUAAAAAUACAGAACAAUGACUCAGUAGUAGAGUUUCUACCUUGCUUGCGAGAAGUCGGGGUUUGAUCCGCAGUUAUGUCAGAUAGAAUCCUUUAUAAAAGAGGUACUAAAGUUAAGUAGGAUAGUUCUAAAACUGGUCUGUCUGAUAUUGGUUUAAUGUUGUCUAUAUAUGUAACACCGACUUUAAAUAAAAUUUGUAUCUUGAAAUUUGUAUCUAAUGUGGCUAGGAGGGGCCUCCAUGGCCAAGUGGUUAAGGCUUCAAACACUUGCCCCUCAUUGAUGUGGGUUUGAGCCUCACUCAGGGCAAGAAUCCUUCAUGUAAGGAAGCCAUCCAGCUGGCUUACAGAAGGUUGGUAAUUCUACCCAUGUGCCCACUUGUAAUGAAAUAAUGCAGGGAGGGGCACCUGGGGUCUUCCUCCACCAUCAAAGCUAGAAAGUUGCAAUAUGACCUAUAAUUGUGUCGGUGCGACGUUAAACCCAACAGAAUAGAAUAAAUAAUGUGGACGGGUCAGGUAUUGUGUCAUGUGUCAACAGUGUAAUGUUUUAACAAGGCAGUUCAAGAAAGUUUGUUAUUAUGUUCAUGGCUUCAAGUAGACACUUAAUUGUUAUAUGACUGAAAAGUUUGUAAAAAGACACAAACUGGAAAACACAAUCCUAUAUUUUUGAAUUACCCUUUUUGAUAUUUUACAGACUCUAAUGUCAGUUUUAAUUAUUCAGAUAUUGUUAUGUAUCUUAAAUUGGAGAUUUGCCCCUGUAAAAGUUUCUGCCUAAAUUAGAAAUGAACUGAAACAGUUUUCUAUGAUUGUUAGUGAAUUUAAGUGUUAGUGCGUCAAGGGUGUUAGUGCAUCAUGGUUGAUAGUUUAUUAUUUGUUUGCACUACAAUAGUACCAAUUUUAGCUGUGAUAUUUCAUUUCUGUUUCAGUUCUUUAAUGUUACAUUUAAAGGGAUAGCCAGGUAAUUUUUCCAGGAAAUAUAUCCAUGAUUUACUUACACUUUUUUUUUUACUUGAUCAAUUUAAGGCAACAAAGAGAUGUCAUUUUAUUAGAUGUUUUUCAAUGAGUUAUCACAGUUUUAGGGUGAAAUAUAUCUGGUGUUUUCACAGUGAAGAAUAUCACAUAAUUAUAUUUUUCACUGGUAAGAAACUAUAAAUUUGGUACAUUUAGUCAAAACAUGACAGAAAAGAAAUUUUUUUUUACAUGUAAUAUCAAAAUAUCUUUCACUUAUGAACACCACAUCUUACAUUUUCACUUGAGGGUAUGCCGCUCAUAAAAAUACUGCAUCUGGUGUUCACUGGUGAAAGAUAUUUCAGUCUUACACUGAAACAAACAAAAUUAAUAUUCUCUAUUUAUCAAAUUAUAUUUUGCUAUAAUAAUUACGUUAUGUUUAUAUGUAAAGUCGCCAAUAAAAUGCAACAAAUCAUCUAGUAUUGAAUCUGACAAUCAAACUAGUUAUUUCAAUAUGUGUAUGGUCAAAAUAAAUAAAGUUUUGAAUGAAAGUGGAAUAUGACAUUUUAUAACAAUUCAUCCUAACCUCGUAUUAUGCAUUAUACUUGUGGAUAAGGUGUUGGCCGCUCAUCCAGGGGUCACAACCAUGACUUCUCAUAUGACACCAGUACUGGUUUUUUCAGGAAGCGGACUCAAGAGUGGUUCCAAUAACCUUAAAGCUUUCAUCACAAUCAAGCUAAAACAAAUUAGUAUAAACUAAAAUUAUAUACUCAAGACAUCAAAGUAAACAGUAAUCUAUCCAUUUUAACUACAUGCAUGUCUCUCAAUAAGAUGUGAGAAGUAUUGUUACUGUUACAAUAUUGAUUUUUUCUUUCACUAGUGAACCUGUAUAUCCCUUUCAGGUUUACUACUAGUAUUUUUUGUUUUGUUUUAUAUGGAAAUUGUCUUGGCUUAGUUAUUGCCCAUAUUGGGGCCUGUUAAAGUUUGUAUGAAUGUUGAUUGGAGAUGACCGUUUGAUUCAUGAUUUUGCAUUUCCUUGAUACUUCUUCAUGAUAUAUGUUUAUUGAAAUUUUAUUAGCUAAACUUGCUGUUUUAACUGUCAUUUGACUGUACAGUUAAACCUAGGCCAGCUGUAAUAAAUCAGCCACUUACUUUAAGAUGCCAGUCAGCAAUUUUUGCAAAUUGACUUUUUUUUUCAUAUUUGAACUUGACUUAAGCAGCCAACUUCCUUAAGCAUCCAAGUUAUGUUACUGCCUUGACUGGCUGCUAAGUACAGGUUUGACUGUAUAUGGUAUAAUCUAAAUUGUGUUACAAUUGUCUCCCUUAAAAUAUCUGCCCAUUGAAAAUUAAGUGUCAUAUUUAAUUGAUUAAGGAAAAUCAAAAAACAAGUAGAUUGGUGUAAAAAUCAUUAAAUUUUUCUGUAGCAAUUAAUUUUCAUAAAACUUUAUAACCUGACCUACUUAUGUCAAGAAAUCAAAAUCUUAAAAAUGUCACAAGCAUGUCAUCUAGAUAAGACUUGGUAUAAGUUCAUGAAUGUCCAUAAUAAGUUAAAGAUGAUAUUUUUUUAUAAUUGAAAAGGCUUUCAGUAUAACAUUAAAUAUUGCUUAUGUUUGCUUCGGAACAUUGGUCUAUGUGAGUCUUGUACUUCUGUUGUAAUGUAAGUUACCAGUAUUCUUUGUUGUCUUGUCAUCGGAGUAGCCUUUGGCUCUUACUUCCAUUACGAUUCUAAGGUAGUGGACGUGUAAUAACAGUUGGAAACUCCCAUUUGAUUACGUAUUUUCCAUAUGUGUUUUUGGCAUUCUCAGGCAUGAACGGAAAACCAUAUGCUUAUUAUGAGCUACAGUAAUGUCCGAGAAAUGCCAAAAUAAUAUGCAAGAAUAUACAGCUGCAUGGAUAUAACUGACAGCCACUACCUUAAAUGCACGGAUAUAGCUGACAGCCACUGCCUUAAAUGCACGGAUAUAACUGACAGCCACUGCCUUAAAUGCACGGAUAUAACUGACAGCCACUGCCUUAAAUGCACGGAUAUAACUGACAGCCACUACCUUAAAUGCACGGAUAUAGCUGACAGCCACUACCUUAAAUGCACGGAUAUAGCUGACAGCCACUACCUUAAAUGCACGGAUAUAACUGACAGCCACUACCUUAAAUGCACGGAUAUAACUGACAGCCACUACCUUAAAUGCACGGAUAUAACUGACAGCCACUACCUUAAAUGCACGGAUAUAGCUGACAGCCACUACCUUAAAUGCACGGAUAUAGCUGACAGCCACUACCUUAAAUGCACGGAUAUAGCUGACAGCCACUACCUUAAAUGCACGGAUAUAGCUGACAGCCACUACCUUAAAUGCACGGAUAUAGCUGACAGCCACUACCUUAAAUGCACGGAUAUAGCUGACAGCCACUACCUUAAAUGCACGGAUAUAGCUGACAGCCACUACCUUAAAUGCACGGAUAUAACUGACAGCCACUACCUUAAAUGCACGGAUAUAGCUGACAGCCACUACCUUAAAUGCACGGAUAUAGCUGACAGCCACUACCUUAAAUGCACGGAUAUAGCUGACAGCCACUACCUUAAAUGCACGGAUAUAGCUGAUAGCCACUACCUUAAAUGCACGGAUAUAGCUGAUAGCCACUACCUUAAAUGCACGGAUAUAACUGAUAGCCACUACCUUAAAUGCACGGAUAUAACUGAUAGCCACUACCUUAAAUGCACGGAUAUAGCUGACAGCCAUUACCUUAAAUGCACGGAUAUAACUGACAGCCACUACCUUAAAUGCACGGAUAUAACUGAUAGCCACUACCUUAAAUGCACGGAUAUAACUGACAGCCACUACCUUAAAUGCACGGAUAUAACUGACAGCCACUACCUUAAAUGCACGGAUAUAACUGACAGCCACUACCUUAAAUGCACGGAUAUAACUGACAGCCACUACCUUAAAUGCACGGAUAUAACUGAUAGCCACUACCUUAAAUGCACAUGAAAAAUGGUAGAUUUUCACCAGUCUAUAUAAUGUCUCUUAGGUUGAUCCAAAAAUCAUCAUAGAGUGGCCUCUGUGGCUGAGUGGUUACGGUCACUGGCUUUGAGUCAGUCUUGACCUUCACCAAUUUGGGCUCAAAGUGUUGCUCGAGUUAUACAAUUGCUCGAGUUAUACAAUUCUUAAUAUGAGCCGCACCAUGAGAAAACCAACAUAGUAGCUUUGUGACCAGCAUGGUCACGAUCCAUGCUGUUCACUAACCGUUUCUCUAAAUGUAAUAGGCUUUAAAAGCAAACAGCAUGGAUCCUGACCAGACUGCGCGGAUGCGCAGGUUGGUCUGGAUCCAUGCUGAUCGCAAAGCCACUAUGUUGGUUUUCCCAUGGCACGGCUCAUAUGAGGAAAUCAUCAAGCUAGAUUAUAGAAGGUAGGUGCCAGCAUGAAAAGCCGAAAAAGUCACCAUAUAACCUGAAUUGUGCAGGUGGAUCCUCCAAAAAUGGUCUUUAAAAUGUUAUGAACAAGUUUUACUAUAAUAAUGGCACAUGUACAGUUACUACAAAUUUUGAAACAGACUUCUAUAGUCGAGGGUUAAAGAAAUUUUCUCUGAAUCACAGGUUGACAUUGUAGUGUAAGUCUGUUUGUUUGUUGUUAAUUUGUCAGUUAGUGUAUGUUUUGUAUGUAUGUUUGCUUUAAAGUUGUUCAAUUUGGAAAAUAAAAUGAAAAAAAAAAGUU